UUGGUGUCGGGUUGGAAAAUCCUCAUGGAGCCCCACCGCCCUCGGGGAAGGACGGAGGGGACUGUCAGACUCCUACUGACUAAAAACCAACCCGUGUGCCUCAUCUGCCCGUGUGCCGGAGAGGUGGGUAUCGCCGAAGCAUUCAUCGCUACCUCCCCGACAGGCAUUGACCCGCCAGAUGGUCAGGCGGGCCCCGUCACCCGGUCAUGA